GUCACGUGAUGAGAAAAUGGCGGACGUGUAAAUUGACUGUUUAGCGCUCUCGGACGGAAAACAAGGAUUUAAAAGAUGAAUAACGUUUUCUUGACAUCAGUUAUUUGUUUAUUUUUACUUACUCCAUCUUGUAACGGAAAAUGGGCGGAAGGAGAAAUUGAUUCUCUAGAGGACUGGCUGUUCAUUACACGGUUUUGUUUCCUUUCAAAGAAGGGGACACUGCAGUUCGAAUUCCAGUACCCAGUUGAAUAUGGUCCACAGAAUAUCUUGCUCUACUUUGACACAGAGGACCAGUGGGCUGCUGUUUACAAAUCAGGAAAGUCCUGCCAAGAAAAAGUUGAUGUGGCAAAAAUUGAAAAUGGACAAAGAUUAAGAAUCAUGCCAUUCCCGUACAAUACGUCAGUUUCAAUCCAACUUCUGUACACAUAUGUCAAUUGUGAAUACAAAGUUAUCGGAGGUGUUGACAGUAUAAAGUGCAAUGAUGACCGAUAUUUCCAAUCAACUCGUGAGAGAUGGUGGUACAUGGCCAUAAGUCGUUGCCAUGACAGAAAUUCUACUGGUCCUGUUGGUAUAAAACUGAAGUACAAAAUUCACAUGACAAAUGCUGAGGUUGGAGAUUAUUUACACCGGGAGUAUUCUGCCGAUGAAUUUUACAUCAUGCCGAUUGACGUCGCCUUCCUGAUUGUCUAUGUGCUAUUGUCGGCCCUGGUCAUCGUGUGUGCUGUGUUUCUACGUAAUCGUCAGUUGUGGCACACAACAUACAAGAUGUACAUGGUGUCGGUGUUCCUGUGGACGUUUUAUCUCUUCUUAAUGUCCAUGGCAUAUGGCGUGUAUGGCAAUGAUGGCAACUAUGAGAAACUUCAGGCUACCAAAUAUGCUGGUCGAGCGUUUGAGGCCCUUAGUACAUUGGUGUUCCUACUGAUGUUGAUUCUGAUGGGAAAGGGUUACACGAUAACACGCGGGAAACUGAGCAGCAUGUCCACAAUCAAGAUAUCCGUGUUUAUGACGAUUUAUACCAUUCUCUACAUUGUCGUCUUCAUAUGGGAAGCUAUAAUAUUUGACCCUGGUCUCGUCCUGUACCUGUACGAGAGCCCGCCUGGUUACGUGAUGAUCGUGAUGCGCAUCAUCGGCUACGCGUGGUUCUGUUAUGCAAUCUUCUUCACCCUGAAACACUACCCAGAGAAGGGAUCCUUCUACCAUCCCUUCUUUAUCUUUUUUACCCUCUGGUUUUGGGCUGGUCCCAUUGUUAUCAUUGUAGCGAUGUUUGCUAUAGCUUUAUGGUCCCGAGAAAAAACUGUGGUCGGGGUUGAAAAUUUUGUGACGCUAUGUGGUCAUUUGUUUUUUUUGGUUUUAACACGUCCACAAGCCGCCAACAAAAACUUCCCAUACCACGUGCGGACCACGCAGAUUGGUAUUAUGCAAAAUGUUCCACAUCAAGUGGAAGGUGCUGGUGGGCCAAUAGGUGACGGCAGUUUCGGGGGCCACGCCUAUGCUAUGAGCAACCCGAUGCAAGGCUCAAGCAGCGGCCCCGACCUUACCAACUUGUUUGUGACCUCGCAGACAAAGUCAGUUCCAAGUGGGGAAACUCAGCUCAACAACAACUCCAGCAGAUUUUCUCAACCGGAACCAGAGUAUACUCAGGGAGGGGUGUUCAAUCGCCCCAAUCCACAGGUUGUGAUGCCGCGAGGCCGAAUUCACAGUCAGGCUCAACUUCUUCCUAAUGCUGAAGAUGUAGACGAUUCUUACUCUGACUUCCCGUCAGCAGCGCCGUCUGCUCCACCAGCCUACCAGUCCCAAUCACCUCCCUCGUACCAGGACAUGUUCACGGCCCGACAGAGCAUGUCCUCAUAGCAACAUGUCAACAUGGUUACCAUAGCUUGUGGUUGCUAUGGAAACAAGUGAUCAAGGUUACUAGAGAUUUCUGUUAACAGUGGAACAAGGACAAUAACAACACAGUAUAAAGGUUGCUAAAGAAUUUUAGCAAGUUGUCAUAGAAACAUGUCAUCAUUAAUUUUGAUAUUGGAACAAUGGCAGUAAUAAUUUAACAGGGUUGCUAUGGAAACUUAAACCCUAGCAACAGGCAGUACUUUGAAGACAUUUGAAUUGUCUGUUAUAUUUUGCUAUUGAUGAAUUUGAAAACAUUGAUCUAUUUUGUUGUUAGAUAUGAUUCUAUUUCUAUGCCAUAGUAGGCUGUGAUAGAAAUAUUGAUCCUUGUUGAAACUCUAGACGAUGUUAUGGCGAUUAUUGAAUUGAAAUUACUGCUAAAAUGCUACAUAACACAUUAAUGUUUUAAAAAAUGCUCACUUUAAGAGAUAUGUUGAUGUCACUGUAUGCAAAUGUGAUUUAAUAUGCCAAAUUCAAAACCCUAUUUCUAUUUGUAUGAAUUCAAGCCACACAUAAGUAUUUUAUUACUACAUUGUUCUGCUUGCUCAUCUAUCUGAAGUUGGUCUACUGGGUGAGUACCUAAAUCUGAACGCUUUCUGUACUAUUUUUGAAAUAUUUUUAGUUAGACUUGCACCACAACUACAAAAUUUUCCAUCAGCAUACUAGGAUUCAAGACCAAUUGGUUGAUAUAAAUGGUAUUUCUCAAGAUACUUCCGAUCUGCAUGAAAAGUACUUUAUUAACCGCACAGACAAGGACUGCCAUUUCUGUCCUUGGAGUGCCUAAAUAUGGAACAGUUUUAACUAGUUAUUUAUUUUAACUUUCCUAUGUAUAAUCAUUGCUGCAUGUUUUGUUUUAGUAAAUUAAUAAUUUAUUUAUUUUCAGCUUGUUUUUAUGUCAUUUUUGUCAGUAAAAUUUGACAAUUUAAGUACAAGAAUACAGACUGUACCAGUGUGCUGUGAUUGUGGCAAGCAUGAAGUCAUUCCCCAGCGAGGCAUAUAUUCACAAUAGAACAUGAAAAACUUUGAAUGAUAGCAGCAUUUGAAAUACUUACCGGAGUAUCGUGUUCUUUGGAACUUGUCUCUAAGGCAAGCGUCUAUAUUGAUUAAAAUCGUAAAUAAACGAUCCAAAUCAGAAAAACGCUUUUAUAACGGGUGUUCUGGCUUAAGUACUCACUCAUUAUGGUACUACAUUGAACAUUGGUAGCAUACAACAUUGAUAAUGGCUUAUUUCUUUAUUAUUUAUUUUUUUGGACAAUGAAUUGAAGACAUUAUACUUGAAGAUAGAUGUUAAGGUACCAGGUACAUUUUGCAUAUGUUUAGCGAAGGCCAUAACUGGCUGAACUUAUUGUCAGGAAUUUCCCCUUUGUAAGAUGAACGUUGGCGCCACUCUGUGGCUCCUUUAUUCACUUGUCUGUCUAUGGGGAUGAUUACAUUGACAGUUUCCUCUAUUGUUAAGUGCUGAAAACAUCAUUCUAAAAGAUUCAUUUUCUGUUUUCCUUAUUUGCUGUUAGGUGUAUUAUGUUUACAUCCCCUUUCAAACACAUAUACAUCUUCUUUCACAAGCAAAAAUAUCAUCCCUUUUUAUACACAAAUACAUAAUUCCCUUUCAUACACAUGUACAUCAUCCCCUUCUAUACACAUAUACAUCAUCCCCUUCUAUACACAUAUACAUCAUCCCCUUCUAUACACGUAUACAUCAUCCCCUUCUAUACACGUAUACAUCAUCCCCUUCUAUACACGUAUACAUCAUCCCCUUCUAUACACGUAUACAUCCUACACAUAUACAUCAUCUCCUUCUAUACACAUAUACAUCCCCUUUCAUACACAUAUACAUCAUUCCCUUUCAUACACAUGUACAUCAUUCCCUUUCAUACACAUGUACAUCAUCCCCUUCUAUACACGUAUACAUCAUCCCCUUCUAUACACGUAUACAUCAUCCCCUUCUAUACACAUGUACAUCAUCACCUUCUAUACACGUAUAGAUCAUCCCCUUUCAUACACAUAUACAUCAUCCCCUUCUAUACACGUAUACAUCCUACACAUAUACAUCAUCUCCUUCUAUACACGUAUACAUCAUCCCCUUCUAUACACAUAUACAUCAUCCCCUUCUAUACAUGUAUACAUCAUCCCCUUCUAUACACAUAUACAUCAUCCCCUUUUAUACACAUAUACAUCAUCUCCUUCUAUACACGUAUACAUCAUCCCCUUCUAUACACGUAUACAUCAUCCCCUUCUAUACACGUAUACAUCAUCCCCUUCUAUACACAUAUACAUCAUCCCCUUCUAUACACAUAUACAUCAUCUCCUUCUAUACACGUAUACAUCAUCCCCUUCUAUACACAUAUACAUCAUCCCCUUCUAUACACAUCCCCUUCUAUACACAUAUACAUCAUCCCCUUCUAUACACGUAUACAUCAUCCCCUUCUAUACACAUAUACAUCAUCCCCUUCUAUACACAUAUACAUCAUCUCCUUCUAUACACGUAUACAUCAUCCCCUUCUAUACACAUAUACAUCAUCCCCUUCUAUACACGUAUACAUCAUCCCCUUCUAUACACGUAUACAUCCUACACAUAUACAUCAUCUCCUUCUAUACACAUAUACAUCCCCUUUCAUACACAUAUACAUCAUUCCCUUUCAUACACAUGUACAUCAUCCCCAUCUUUACACAUAUACAUCAUUCCCUUUCAUACACAUAUACAUCAUCCCCAUCUUUACACAUAUACAUCCCCUUUCAUACACAUAUAAAUUCCCUUUCAUACACAUAUACAUCCCCUUUCAUACAUUUAUUUGUAGUCUUUUCCAAUAAGAAAUCUAUAAAUAUUGAUUUUAGUCUGCACAAAACAAUAUUUGAAGCACUGGCCAUUUUAGUCUGGAGACUAAACAAUAAACAUAAGGGAAGUUUAAAGAUCAACACACAAAAUGUACAAGCCUAUCAGGCCUAGUUUGUCGCAAUUUUUCAAGACUGGCGCAUUGAUUGGUCUUGGAGCAUUUUACACUCACCAUUGCAACAAACCCUUCACCUAGAGGAAAAUGCUAAUAAUAAUAAUAAUAGGUGAAUAAUGAAGCUUUAACAAAAAGAAACGUGAUGAAUUUGUGGUUUGAAAAUAAGAGAAUAUUUAACUAUUUUUGUGUCAUUUCUUCAUAUUCGUUUAAGGACAUGAUGUUUUGACAUUAUUUUUUGUCUUAUUACAUUCCACUUUUUUUGAUAACUUAUAUCAUAUAUUUGAUCCAUCAUCAUAUUCUCUUUCACAAGAUUGUUAUAAGCUUUCAUUUUGUUGCUUAUCUUUAUCCCUUUUUAGAGUCACAUUUAAGGAACUACAAUGUUUGACCUUGACCCGACCCACAACUGGAGGGGGGUGGUGGUCUGGUAGACAGGCUUUUGUUUUCUUAAUUCUGACCUUCAAGGAAAAUUAAGCAAAAUAAUCAUAUCCACUGAAGAGGGUAAAAGAUCUUCCAGGUCACGGUUAUUUUUGGGAGUCAUUCUGGUCAGGUCAGUGAAACUAACAGUGCCCUUCUUGAGAUUGAUUUCAUACAUACACAGUCAGGUUGUACAUCAAUAUUGACAACACUAGGGUUGAGAGUUGAGCUUUAUGAUUGUUAACAACAAGAAAAAUAUCCAUAGUUACAUACUUUAAACUAAUACCGUUAAAUAAAAGACAUGACCUUCAGAUUUUGUUUUGUGCUAAAUAGAUAAAUAGAUACUUGAUUUCAGAUGUUGAUACAUUUUACGUAAAUUGAAUGGAAGUAAAAGAAGUAAAAAAGCUUAUGUGUUAAUAAACAUGCUUAGUUAAUAGACUUGUAUUUUAGAUGGCUUAAGAGAAAGUAGCUCCACUUUGGUUAUGUGAAGCCAGUUCUGUUCAUGAUUAUCAUUUGUUAUAUUAUCUGAAUUUUAUAUAUUGUUAUGACCGUCCAUAGUAAAUAUACAUUUUGUUUAACUUAACAAUAUUUUUUAGAAGAGUAUUAUUCACUGAUGUAUUUUGUGGUUCUUUUACUAAUACACUUUAGACUAUACAUUUUACUUGUAUUGUUGCUGUCAUUGAUUGAUGAGUUUGUAAUGAUAGCAGUCAUUACUGUGCAUAUUGGUUGUUGAUGAUGAGGCCAGAUUUAUACAAGCUAAGAUUAAUAUACGAGUUUAGUAAUAUAUAAAUAGGAACAUAAAUGGAGCCACCAUCUUUUGCAACAAUAGGUAUCAGGCAGAUGCCAUCUAUUUUUGACAUCAUACCAGCCUAGAUAAUUGGUUUUAAUUUCUUGAAGCAUAAGAUGAUUACUGUACAAAAGAUACACUAUUUCUUGACAAAUAAGUAUUGUUACAAUUUUGUUAAAACAUUUAUUAGCUUUAAAAGUAAGCUUACAUUUUGUGUGUUAAAUGAAAAUAACUGUAAUGAUAAUAGUCAUUAUUUUAUUAUACAUAAAAUGUUGUCAAUGAUGUCUCACAAAUGACAUAUUUUUAUCAUAAUAAAGAUGUUUUUCAUGUUU